AUGAAAAAAAACUCCAUUAUCCAUAAAUCAAAAACUAGAGUUGAGAAUGAAUCUGAAAAGCGAAUUAAAGGAAUUUUAGAUCUAGAAGUUAUUGAGAAACUCUAAAGUCUCAAUACAAUUCAAUCACGCAAAUUUCCUAAUUUAAAAAAAGAAUUAAAUACAGGAUGCAUUAUCUAUAAUUUUCCUAUUAGACCUUAAGAUUAUAAAUAUAUUUAUGAUUAGAAAUAAAUACCAUCUAAACUUUAGACUAUCUAAUAUGAUAAUUUAAAUUCGUUUGAGAAUUCAAAAUUAUAAAGACAAUCCUCUUUUGAUUAUAAUAAUUAAUCUAUCCCUGAUAACUCUUAAAUGAUUAAAAAUAGCAAUUAGAGAUUUUCAAUCAAUCAAUCUAUAUCAUAAAUCUAAAAAUAAAUUUAAUUUUUUAAUCGUAAAAAUAAUCGGCUAAUCUAAACUAGCUUAAGAUAAGAAAAACAAAUUGCAUUAUUACCUCCAUUUUAUUUAAGAAAAAAAGGUAUGAUUUUAUUUAUUAAAGUAAGUUAAAGUCUGAGUAAACAUUAGUCGUAACAUAUAGAUAUUAAAUAAAUUGAACCAACAAAAAGAGGCAAAUCUGUUUCUCAAAUUGUUUCAUAUGCUUCAAGACCAUAAACUGGUAUUACAAGUAAAGAAAAUAUAUAUCUAAUUUAAUGA